AUGGUACACCUGUUUGUCGCUGAAAACAGUUUGAAGAAUUAUGAGCAGUCGUUGUCAGCCGCCUGCGUUACGUUCGCAGUAACGUACAGCAAUUACUAUGUUGAAAAUUUUGAAAAUAUCAUAUGCAAUUACUUCACAUAUACUCUCAAAAACAAGUAUCCGGAUGUAAGGUUUUCUGAAUCCUUUGAUGGUGGAAAUAAAAAACGGAAUGCCUACGCUCCUGGUAUCAAAGCAACCUUGAAUAGUUCGCCUUUUGGCAUACUACCUGAUUUUAGGCAUGUGUUAUCACAAUACGAAGAAUUGAUAGCGAAUUAA